AUGGUAUAUGUGGGUAUCUCAGUGCAACCUCGCAAGGCAAACAAACAUGCAUACACGCAGCGUUCCUCACCUGGCGCGAUUGACACGGAAGGUGUAGGAAACUUGCGCAGUGCAACACUGGUUGUACGCCAAGCGAAGUUCGCUGCGAACAAACUUCAAAUCACAUGCAAAAACGAUAAUACAGUACCACACUCGUGA